CAGAGUGAAGAAGGUAUAUCCCGUGUUAUGUCGACUUUCUGUUAGUUAACAACUCAGGGAUCGUUUGGACUAAACACAAUGGGCGCCAUAACAAUGUUGAGAUCACGUGACACUAUCGUCUGCUUCACGUUGGUGAUCGCGUCCUUGUGUUCCCAAACGGCAGUGUCACAGAUCAGACACUGGUCAAACUCCUUCUCCGGCCACGGCGCUUUCUUAAACUGGGGUAGUCUGUUUGGUAUCCAAAGUCCAGUGCCGUACAGACCCAUCAGCGUACCUACGGUACAAGCUCCGGUGGUGAACACAGUGGAUUGCUUGGAGUGCUCCUCUGAGACACACCCGAGAUGUGCCGAGUACGCAUGCCCAGAUCACGAGAAUGACGUCAUCGUGAAAGGGGACAAAACCGGGAAAUGCUACAUCAAGAAAGAGAUCAAUCUGAAUACAAACGCGUCCAUAAUAGUGCGAGGCGGGAUAUCGAACCUUUAUGACAGGGUUUCCAAAGAUGUCGGCUGCCACCACGUGGAGGAAAACGCCGUCCUCACGACCAUCUGCGUCUGUAGCACUGACAUGUGCAACAAGGUCGGCAUUGUAGAGUUUGGUGGCGACAUGAAAAUGUCGCAAAGGACGGCAAACCUGGUGAAGACCAAACUUGGGAAAAUAAAACCAAAGAAAAACACUUCGGACAUGAUGAAACUGAGAAGGAAAAUUGAAGCAAAGAGAGGAAAGCGCCCUAAGCGUCAAACAGAUGGCAACGUUCCGCCUUUUUUGUUCGACGAAAACCUGGUAUGUCAGUACUGCGGGGAUUUGAAUUGCCCGACCGACUACGAGCUUCCCCCCUAUACCGUCGCCAUCCCCGAUGAUCCUUCCUUUGCCUGUGUAAGGAAACACGCCGGGAAUUAUCAGCUCUGUAACUCCUGCACGAACUACGCUGAGUGCUUGAACAACGUGUUCACGCGACGUAGCUGCGCUUCGGGGACCGUUUUUGAUGACGUCAGCAAAACCUGCGUUCAACCCUGGUUGGCCACCACGUGCUAUUUAACCUACGAAGACCAGCGAAACAUGUGCGAGUAUUACUACAACGAAGAUAAAGAUAGGAACUUCUGCAACAAGUAUAAUUCUUUCUUUAAGGGCAUUUGUGAUUCUAACAUUUAUCCUAAAACUUCACAAAAGUGUAAUUCGUACACAUCUAGGCCCGGGUUCGCCAUCUGGAAUAGCGGUACUUUUGAAUGGUUUUGGGGUGUUGUUUUUUGGAAUGGUUAAAAUCCAUAUAAAUUCAUAAUUUCACUUUUUAUGUGAAUGGCCACGCAUUUGCUAUCUGGAAUAGCAGUUAACAAGGACGUCCUGUAUAACGGUAGUUCUUACUUGUUAGUAGAAACCAACUACGUAGAUCAUUGGUUGGGUAUUAUAUGGAUGCUACCGACAAAAUGUUAUCCCCUGGAUUUAUGAUUUUUAUAAAAUAGCUUUCUCCAAAUGUUAAUAUCUUUCAGCAUUCAUUACAUAAAGGAAAUCAAAUUUUCUAACGUUUUAUUUACAGUUAUUUGCUUACCAUCAGCGGACAAAAAGAAUAGACUCAACUUUGAACAAAUGAAGUGGUUUUUCAUUCAUAAUAGUUUACAAAUACACCGAUUUAUUUUUAACUUAUCGGGGUUGAAAGCUGUUGUAUUUAUUGUCUUGUAAAUAAAAGUUAAUUUAUAUCUGGAAUUUGAUUUUUUUAAAUCUUAAAUCGCUUACUUUUCUUUACUUGUAUGAAAAAGAAUGUUUCUUAACUUGGAUCGGGGUACCCGUUUUCUAAAAUCUCCAUCACUCGAUUUUGUUACUUCUUGGACAGAUAGAAGGGCAUUUGGUAAAGAAUGCCUCUUAUCCGGCUUUUCUAUCUAACUGUUUUGUUAGCAGCUAUUAUUGUCAUUAUGCAAAUCGUUGCUUUUCACGCCUGCUGAUCAGGGGCAAUUUCCCAGUAUACUUAAAAACUCAGGGUGUAAAGAA